CCAUACGGCGUGGGUGUCAGGCGAUCGAUUGGCCAGUGAACAUGAAACACGAGGAGAGGAUGGGAAGCUAAUUAAAGCAAUGAAAAGUUAUUUUUUCUUAAUUGGGUGAGAAAGAAUCUGUGCUUUCGUGGUUCAAGUGAAAGGAAAAAUUCCACUAUCAAUAGAACGAUUUAAGGUGAAGCCUUUUGCAGUGGAUAGUAUUCAUUAAGUCUCAAUCGAACAUAUUAGGCUGAUUGUAAAAUCAAACGUGUGAUUCAAUAGUGGAAUAAAGGCUUAGGCUUCUGCUUGAACAAUAAAUGCACGGGAGGAUUUGGGUCCCAAAAGAAAGUAAAGACAUGCAGCUGCUGUAUCAGCAUUGCAAGUCAGGAAUAUAGGCUCUCUCUUUAUAAUCCCAACUUCUGCACACCAAGUGCUCGACAACCUGCCAGGCGGCCACUUCCUUUAUAGACACCAAGCUGAGUGACUGAGCCGACAACAUUAAGAGCAAGCGGAGAGAUGAGCCAGUGGGUGAUCGGCAUCAGCGCUAAACUCGACAGCCUCAGCAAUGCUCAAAGCCAAGAAGAGCAGUGCUGGACGAAGCGGUCCAUCUACAAGCUCCCUCCCCUCAUCUUUAACCUCAAGAAGGAAGCCUACCAGCCCCAAGCGGUGUCGUUCGGGCCCUACCAUCACGGGAAGCCUCACCUGAAGCCCAUGGAGGAUCACAAGCAACGCGCUCUCCUCCAUUUCCUCAAAAGAUCGCCGGUGUCUUUGCAAAAAAUCUUCCACUCCAUGGUUGAAGUGGCGGAAGAGCUCAAGGCUUCGUACGACUCGCUCGAGGCCGAGUGGCAAGACAAUACUGAAAAAUUUGUGCAGCUAAUGAUUGUGGAUGGGUGUUUCAUGCUGGAAAUAUUGCAGGAGGCAACACAGGAGUUUGGGAGUGAUGCGGCAGCACGGGAGUCAGGGAAUGAUGCGGCAGCACGGGUGUACAUGAGUGAUUAUUCUAACGACGAUCCCAUAUUUGGCCCCCAUGGGAAGCUUUAUGCUAUUCCUUUUAUUAGGCGAGACAUGUUGUUGAUAGAAAAUCAAUUACCGAUGCUUGUACUAUUCAAACUCAAAGGUAUCAAAGAGAAUGUCGAGGAAGACAUGGAGACUUUGAACAAACAGAUACUCAACUUCUAUGGCCAUGUUGCUCAUGGCUCAAAAAUGGGCAAACGCCUCCACAUCCUGGACCUCUAUCGCAAAAGCUUGCUCUACAAGGAACCCAAACGCACCAAGUCUACCAAGCUAAAGGGUGACCAGGGACCCUACAGCCCCACCGUCAUCCGCUCAGCCACAGAGUUGAAUGAAGCUGGCAUCCGCUUCAAGAAGAGCAAAACCGAAAGCCUUAGGGACAUCUCCUUCGAUAGCGGUGUCCUGAGGCUCCCCAAAUUCGUUGUCGACGACACCACCGAAUCAACCUUCCUAAACCUCAUUGCAUUCGAGCGGUGCCAUGUUGGAGCCGGCCACGCCAUUACUUCGUUCAUUUGCUUCAUGGACAACAUUAUCGACCACGAUCGCGACAUCAGCCUGCUAAGCUCCAAAGGGAUCAUCCACAACGUCGCCGGCACUGACAAGGCUGCGGCCAAUUUGUUCAAUACAAUGUCGAAGGAUUUGAUGAUGGAUUCCUCCAACGACCUUAACAUGGUGACUAUGAGCAUCGCUUCGUACUGGAAGAAGCCGUGGCAUAAAUGGCGCGCCAUGUUGAUUCAUACUUACUUUAGAAGCCCAUGGGCGAUUGUUUCUGUGGUCGCCGCCGUCAUCCUCUUUGCCCUGGCUACAGUGUCGACUGUCUACGAUGUUAUGGGCAAAUAAUUGUGGUCCAAUUAAUAUUAAAUUAGUGUAUUGUGUUUUGAGUCAUUUAAUAAACUAAUAAUGUUAUUUUGAUGUUAAAAAUAAGAUAUGAUAAAUAUUGUAUCAUGU